AUGACCCUUAUCUACCGCAGACUGCAUUUCAUGCACAACAUAAAGAUUAAAUUUAAUUCACCUCCAACCAAACUUUACUUUAGAGCUCAAAUCUUAAUCCUGCACAUGUGCAGAACGAGCUACUUAAUCUUACCAAUCAUGUAUUCAUACCUCAUGGCAACGUCAUCAACUCCAUUGAAAAGAUUGUUGGAUAUUCAUAUUGCGGAUAUAACUCUCAACACUAAAAAGAAAAACGAAAAGAAAAUUCCACAGAGAAUUGCAGAGUUUACAGACACAGAAAAGGCAAAAUUAACUCCAGUAUACAUUUUGGGUGAAGAAAUCUUAGAGCCUCAUAGCCGCCCAAGCGCCGUGCCUCAGGCCCUCUCCUCCCCCACAGGCAGCUUCUUUAGCGUGUACCCGCGGCACCGCAAGCUCAUCAGCAUUAACAAGAGGUUUACGGGAAGGACCAACGCGGAGUUCAACCUCCGCCACGACUGGAAUUCGCUCCUCUCCGAUGACGACGACCUCCUCUUCAGGCACUUCUCCAAGGACUUCUUCCCCGAGGCGGACACGAUGGUGCAGUACCUGAACGCGUUCGCGAGCCGCUCGGGGCUACACAUCCGCUACAACACCGCGAUCUGGGACGUGCGUCGGCAGGCGGGCACGCGCGGGAGCCCCGGCUGGGUGUUCUCCAUGCGCGACCAGCACAACCAGGAGUUCGUCUGCAGGUACGUGGUGGUGGCGACCGGCCUGGGCGUCCCCAACUCGCCGUCCUUCCCCGGCUCGGAGCUCGUCGAGGGAUACGAGGACGUCUCGACGGACCCACGUGUCUUCGAGGGCAAAAACGUUCUCAUCCUUGGCAGAGGCAAUGCCGCCUUUGAGACGGCCGACGCCAUCUACGGUAGCACCAACAUGGUCCACAUGGUGUCCCGCUCCCGGGCGAGGCUCUCGUGGAACACGCACUACGUGGGAGACCUCAGGGCCAUCAACAACGGGCUCCUGGACACGUACCAACUGAAGUCCCUGGACGGCUUGCUGGAGGCGGGCGUGGAGGACAUGGCGCUCGAGCGACGCGCCGGCCGCAUCUACGUACAGUUCCCGUGGGAGGCCGACUCGCUCAGGCAGAUCCAGGCCAAGAAAGAGCGUGGCGAGGAGAUCCCGACCGAGAACGACUUCGACAACUUCUCGCUACGCGAAGGUUACGACUACGUCAUCCGCUGCCUCGGUUUCAAGUUCGACUUCUCCAUUUUCAACAACUCGUCCAUGCCGAGCAAGUCCAUCAAGAAGACCAAGUACCCGGCUAUCAAGUUCUCGUACGAAGCCGACCGCAUCCCGGGCCUCUACUUCGCCGGGACUAUCGCGCACUCGCUCGAUUACCGGAAGUCGGCCGGGGGAUUCAUCCAUGGAUUCCGAUACACUGUGCGAGUGUUGCAUCGGCUGCUGGAAUGGCGCCACGAAGGUCAGCGGUGGCCCGUGACCUCUUACUCGACCCGUGACCUUCUCAACGUUCUUGUCAAGCGAAUCAACGAGGCUUCGGCGCCAUACCAGAUGUUCGGCGAACUAGCUGACGUCAUCCUCCUGAGAGACGGCGGCCGGAGGUUCGAGUUCCUGGAGGACUUCCCGGUGCACCUGCUGGCGCGCCUGGAAGCAGUGACAGGGCGCGAGGCCGGGCCGCUGGUCGUGGUCCUCAUGGAGUACGGCCCGGACUUCUCGGGGCCGGACAAGGACACCUUCCGCGUGGACCGGGCCACAGGGGACCCCCUGGAGGCGCACCGCUCCAACUUUCUCCACCCUGUUUUCUACUACUACAGGAGACUCCCAACAGAAUCGGAAAUGCUGCACAAAAUGGGCAAGUCGGCGCUGCCGAAGCCGGAGCGUGUACACCACGUGCUCGAGGACUUCCUGACGGUGUGGACGGCGCAGCAGAGCCAUAUCCUGCCUCUGCGUCGUUUCCUUGAGUAUGUCACCGGCAGAGACCUUCGUCAUCACAAUGCACACGCGUGUCUUUCCCAUUCCUUCACCAACGGCCGCCCACCGCCUCUGUGUCCCUACGGGGGCAGCGUGGGGGGUUGGGCCAUCCAUCCUGUCGCGCCCACGCCCACAGGCCAGCCCCAGGGCGUCACCAGGCCAGCGCGCCCCGCCAACUACACGCUGUGGAGCCGGCCCUCGGUGCGCGCCACGCCGCCCGCGCCGCUCGCCACCGCUGCCACGUCGUGA